AGUUCGUCCUCAGCACGCACAGCGAACGCAGAGAGUGAGUUCCGCGAGGAAGCAUGUUUCGUAAACAGGAAAAUGGCCCUAUUCCGGUCGUUGAUUUGGGUCAAUUAGGAAUAGACAACGAAGAUGAACCUUGUGAACACGAGUGGAUGAGAGUGGCACAGGAAAUAAGUAACGCUUUUGGAGACGUGGGAUUUGUUUACAUGUCAGGACAUGGGAUUGCCAACGAGCAUGUUGAUCGUCUGGUCAAGACAAGCAGCAUGUUCUUCGAUCUGCCCCAAGAGAGAGAGGUACCUCAGACACAAGGAGAAUUAUCACGGCUACGUAGCUAUUAAUUCAGAGAAACUGGAUCCAUCGUUCCAGAACGAGGUGAGAGAGUCAUAUAAUAUCAAGAGCGCGGACGGAUCUUUUCCAGAUGACGAGGUUCCAGGAUUCAGGGAGGCGUCCAGAGAUUUCCUGGACUCGUGCAAUAAGCUGGUCCACCGAAUCCUUACAGCAAUGUCGCUGGGGCUAGGCCUACACCGAAAUUUCUUCUCAGACGCCCACCGCCUUCUGUGCAGAGAGGGCAACUCCUCCGUUGCAAGAGUUCUCUUCUAUCCCCCAGUUCCUGCAGACAAAUUAAUCAACUCGACCAGGUGUGGUGAACACACAGACUACGGGACCUUGACCGUCCUCUUCCAAGACGAGAUGGGAGGUUUGCAGGUCUGUGACCGUAGCGGCAACUGGACCAAUGCUGACUUCAUCCCUGGGACCGUUUUGGUCAACAUCGGAGAUCUUUUGCAGCUCUGGACUUCUGGAAAAUUUAAGGCCACAAAACACCGAGUCAUCAUCCCUGAGGACGAAGCGAGACGUAGAAAGUGUCGUAGGUCGGUUGUGUACUUUGUGCAUCCAGAUGACUCACUGCUCAUAGAACCGCUGGAUGGGUCUAGGGAUUUCCAGCCUAUCACCAGCAGACGUCAUCUGGAGGAACGAAUUGCUGAGACUUAUGGAAUGUAACCAGACAAACUUUUCUUGCAGUAGGCCUAUUCCAAGCAAUGCCAAUGGGAGAAUUUGAGAUUAUAAUAGUUAACUUA